ACUGAUGUGAUUGUGUGAUAUCUCGGGAUCAGUCCCACGACACUUCUGGUUGCCAGUCCAGCUGGAUACUAUCAGCACGCCUUCCUUUAUCACUUGUCUCUCUUCCCUUUUUUUUUUCAGAGCUUGCGUGCUGCCAGCUUAGCCAGCCUCCAUCAAGAGAGGCGUCCAUUCGCUUUUUCGUAUUUAUUUGUCUAGCCAGCCACUUCACAUCUCGUAUUUCAAUCAAGUAAUCACUGAAUGUCCACUAUAGAGCCAUCCAGAAGACCCCCUCUUGCUGGUAAACCGCCAUUCGCAACAGACGAUCCAGACGAACUUUUCGAUCAACCAUCACCUCCUAAGCGCCGUGUCCGUAAACCAGCAGAAUCUAAUCCCAACGACCGCACUUCUGCCUAUAACAUGUACGACCAAUAUCUUGUCGAUGGAGAUUACUCCAACCGUCAGUCUGGUUUCGGUGCAGUCGGCCUCGGUUUCUUGAAUGGGGACUUGAGUGACGACGAGGAUGAGGACGUCCUUAUGCAUAAACCUCCUAUGGCAACCGAGUCUAAGCAAGGUACUAUGAAUGCAUCCCCGAUACCCCUCGCCGCUCCACGUCCUGGUUAUCCAGCACCACCCGUAUCAGCACUCAAUCUACCGUCGCCAGCUACCUCACCCGAAAUGAGGCAGAUUGUCCAACCCCCUCCUGCGCUCCAGCCUCUACAACCCAUGCCAAAUGCACUGAAAGUCACCCGCCCCCCAGCUGAUAUGGAUAUUCAUCAACCACGUAUGCCUGUCCCAAUCUACGAGACUCCUUCCCCUCGUCCAUCAGUCCCAAACACUCCGCAUCCUCUCCAGCCUCCAAUCACCCCAAUUACUCCCGUCUUUGCUCGUCCCAUCAAGUCACCCACUCCAAGAGAUAUAAAGUACACAGGCGACACAAUCAUGCGUGGAUACUCAGAGGAUAAUUUGGCACCGAGACGUGGCCAGAAGGGAGAUGACUUCUGGAGGAGGUUCAGCAUCGUUGCAAAGGACGAGAAGAAGACGAGUUCCUGGUUGAUAAAGACACAAAAUGGGUCUUCAAAGUUGUCACGCUGGGUUUGGUUCAUUGGGAUAAUGUUUUUAGUCCUCAUUGCUGCUGGUAUCGGAAUCGGCUGGUACAUCUCUCAUAAGUCACCAUCGAACACGGUCCCAAAGGCUAUCGGAGGCAGCGCCAAUGAAACUAUGAACCCUACCAGUACUCAUGCGUCGGUCGCGGCUUCUUCUUCAUCAUUGCAUGUUUCGCCUACAAACACAGUUGCACGCCGUUACGAGGCUGAGCCUACGCCUGCUAUUCGCGGCGUAGUGGAAGAGUUCGCAGAGGAGCUUGGCCAAGCUCCAACGGCAAACAUGAACGUGCCUGCCGGACGGAGCUGGAAACAUCGCCGCCGCGUCGAGAUCCAGUUCUAAGCUACGCCUUUUCGCACUCUAUCACAUUCCAGGCCCGAUUUAGGGUUCAUGCACAUGCUCGGAUCUACAUCUAGGUAGUAUAUGCUUCUAGUUACUUACCAAGCCUUCACCCGUGCUCCACCGUGGGGAUAUGCAUGCAUCCAUAAGCAUGAAUCCUGUCCGUUCGUUUAAUCAAUCCCAUCACGGUACCAGCGUGAUUCGGACCUGUACUUAUCAGGUAUCGCGGCUCAGUUUCUAUCGCAUUUUUUAAAACUCAAAUAUACAUUUUCACGUUCAUCCAACGACUUUUUGUCAUUCCCCGGAGACAAUCCACCUUUUGAUACCAGAUAGAUACAUUGGCACAUAACGAUUGCUUGAAUACAGGAAUCGAGUUACCAGUCUGUCAUUCAGCAAAU